CAGCAGACUCCAUAUAUCCCCAGGUCACCCUGGCUCGGCUCACCCCCCGCCUGCAGCCGGGCCCUGCUCAGCAUGAGGGCGCCCCCCGCCGUCACGUGGGUGCUGAUCUUCAGUGCAGCGACAGUCCUGUCAACUGCAUGGAGUAAAGACAUCACCGGCUGCGGGGGUUACAUCACAGAGCCCUGGGGCAGGAUCCUCAGCUACACCGGGCCGGACGCCGAGUGUACCUGGACCGUGCAGGUGACCCCCGGCCACCAGGUUCUCCUGACAGUGCCCGUUCUCAACCUCACCUGUGAGAGAGAGAAGCUGGAAAUCUUGGACGGGUCUCUGACAUCUCCCUCCUACGAGAAUAUCUGUAGAGGCGUAGCUCUCAGCUACCGCUCCUCCUCCAACAUCAUAACCAUUAAGUACUCCAGAGAAGCCGACCAAACGCCCUCGUUCUUCGAGAUAUAUUACUAUGGCGAUCCCCAGGGAGGGGCUGACACUUGCGGCGGCGUCCUCACAGACCCCACAGGCAAGCUCUCCAACAGCCCCAGCCCCAGCUCCUCCUGUGUCUGGAACAUCCUGGUGCAGCCAAUGCAGAGGAUCCGCCUGCAGCUCCCCGCCCUCGGCCUCACCUGUCCAGAUGAGCAUGUGGAAAUCCUGGAUGGGUUUGUGCUCUCUGAGUCCCUCGGGAAGAUCUGUCAGGGCUCGGCUCUCCUCUACCAGUCUACCUCCAACGUCGUGACGGUCAAGUACACCAGAAUCCCCAGCCGGCAGCCCACACCCUUUGAAGCGCUGUACUCCAGUGUAUCAGCAGAGCCAGAUGAGCUACAAGCAAGGGCAGGAGGGCCUGCCCAGUGUGUGGGUCUCUUCACACGUUCUUCAGGAAGGCUGGUCAAGCACGCCAGGGGCCAGAGAGGGUGUGUCUGGAUCAUCCGCGUGCAGCCGUCAUACCUCGUGCACCUGUCGUUUCCUCUGCUCAGACUGGAUUGUAAGCAGGAGAGGGUGGAAAUUCUGGAUGGAUAUCCAGGGUCCGUUUCCCUGGGGACAGCUUGUACGGGCUCGUCUCUCGCCUAUCUCUCGUCUUCCAACACCAUGACCGUCAUAUACAACAGCACUUCCAACUACUCACCCACAUUCUUCGAUGCAUACUACCACAGUGAUCUGAAAGAGACUGAGACAUGCGGGGGCCACCUCACGGAUCUCUGGGGCCGGCUGAUCCACCUUCCCGGGUACAAAGCCUCCUGUGUCUGGGUCAUCAAGGUGAAGCCAGGUCGGAGAGUCUCUCUGGCGUUUCCUGCCCUCAACCUCACCUGUGAGAAUGAGCACGUGGAAAUCCUGGCUGGGACCCCGGAUGCCACUUCCCUUGGGAGAAUUUGUCAGGGCUUCUCACUCGUCUACCAGUCCAACUCCAACACCAUGACAGUCAAAUACUCGACUAAGCGCUCGGGACCGUCCUCUUUCUUCGAGGCAUAUUACUACAGUGACCCAGAAGAGGUGCCCACGUUGCCAGAGGGAAGCGAUCCCAGGGAAUGUGAGAACCACUUCAUAGACCUGUGGGGCAGGUCCACGCUUUCCCGGACGAGGACCUCGCCCUGCAUCUGGACCCUGGUCAUAAAGCCCACGCAGCGAGGCAACCAGCACGCGUCUUUCCUUAACCUCACCUGCGACAGUGAGCAGUGGGAAAUCCUAGAUAAACCGUUCGGCUCCAAUUCCCUUGGGACGAUUUGUCAAACUAUGUCUUUAGCGUACCAGACCUCUCUGAACCGCAUGACCCUAUCCUACUCCAGCCGUUCCAGCCCCCAGCCCACUCUCUUCGACGUCCAUCUCUUUGGUGAAUCCCCAGAGACAAUUGAGUCAAUAAGGAAAAAAGGGCAUGAUGACUGUGGGGACCACCUCGCACAUUCCUCAGACGGACUGGUCGGCACCUACGGGCCCCGAAUUGUCUGUGUCUGGAGCGUCCACAUGCAGCUGACAACGCAGGCCCUGGUGGCACAGCCCAUCGGCAACAUGUCUUGUGUGAGCCGAGAGGCAGCUGUGCUGGACGGACCUCUCGGGCUGUAUUCACUCGGCAAAGUCUGCCAGGACAUCUCCUUCAUCUACCAACCAGCCUACAAUCACCUGCUGGUCUCCUACUCCGGAAAUCCCGCCUCUCCCGUCACUCUCAUGGACGCCUAUUUCUAUCGCUCUUCGAAAGGCAAGACUUCAGCAGUAAUUCACGUCCCGGCAAAGAAGAAAGCAGAAAAAGGAGCCGCCACGCAGAACCGCCCUCUGUAGAACCUUCUGGAAGUCGCUGGCUGCUUGGAAACGCUCCCUGGACUAACUGAUGGAGCCUCCUGCUCACCCCUACAUCCCCGAGUCCUGCCAGCCCCUGCCUCCUCCCUGGGGAACAAAACCUCCCCCCUCCCUGCCCCGACACCUGCCGUCUCUGGGCUGCAGAGCUAUGCAUUGCCACGGUCCUUCCCAAUAAAGCGUCUCUUCAGCUCAA